AUGGUGGGAAGUCCAGGCCCGAAGAGAGAGAGUGAUUCACCGAUAACACGUCUGAAGAACGACCUCAGCCGUAUCUCAGGGAGCGACGGCUCAGGGAUGAGAACACAAAGGGAGAAGUUGUCUCAGCCGCAGACGAAUCGUCCGGCUUCAGCCUGCGUGAGGCUCGGCCGAGAGGAGGACGGAUCCGACGUUCACACCGGGUCGUUCAUCAUCGAGGCCUCUUCCAAACAGCCGGAGGCCGUUCCUCCUCUCAGCCUCCUCCUCUGUGGAGUGCACGACGCGAACUUUAAAUGUUUCACUGGGUUCUUUGUUUCUCUGCUCCUUCAGGUCACCGGCGCCGGGUCAGCGAGUUCUGGAAGCUCGGACUUAAGAGGCAGCUCGAAAUCCAAAGCGAAGACGUACUGGAGCGAAAGCAGCAAGGACGUCUCCAUCAGCCGCCUGCUCUCCCAGACGCUCUACGACAAGGAGAACUUCACCUCCCUGGACCUGAACUACGGGGACUCCUUCUCCAAACAGGAGCAGUGGAACUGGCUCUACAACGCCUCGAACCCCCGGGACCCUCGACCCAGGACCAAGAGGAGGCCCAUCGUCAAGACCGGCAAGUUCAAGAAGAUGUUCGGCUGGGGCGACUUCCACUCCAACAUCAAGACGGUGAAGCUCAACCUGCUCAUCACCGGCAAGAUCGUGGAUCACGGCAACGGGACGUUCAGCGUCUACUUCCGCCACAACUCCACCGGUCAGGGCAACGUGUCCGUGGGGCUGGUUCCUCCCACCAGGGCUGUGGAGUUCCAGGUGCAGCAGCAUCAGCAGUACCAGCAGCACCACAACCAGCAGCACCACAACCAGCAGCAACACAACCAGCAGCAGCAGCAGCAGCAGCAGCAGCAGCAGCAGCAGACGGCCCUGGAGACCAAGCUGUUCAACUGCCGGGUGGAGUACGAGAAGGUGGAGAAGGGCACCAGGAACUCGCUGUGCGCCCACGACCCCUCGCAGAGCUGCCCUCAGGAGCAGACCCAGAGCCACGUGUCCUGGCUGUGCUCCAAGCCCUUCAAGGUCAUCUGCAUCUUCAUCAACUUCUACAGCACCGACUACAAGCUGGUGCAGAAGGUGUGUCCGGACUACAACUACCACAGCGACACCCCCUACCUCCCCACCGGCUGA